GGUCUUUCCGGCACUGGACUGACCAGCUAUUGACAGUGAUUGUCCUACUAAUCUAUCUGAUGGCCUGGACUUUCACUCUAUCAGUAACAGGGAGCCCUGGGAGAGUCCUGACCCCUUGAAGCCUUCCUUCGCCUGAUGACCCCACUGUGAGACGGAGACCAGGCCCAAAUCAGAGAUGAGCAGCCGAGCUACUAGGCCCCGCAGUCGGAGGGGGAGAGCGCCGCCCCCCGGGGAGCUGGACCCUGUGGUGGAGAGCACCGAGGAGGCAGAAGCGGCGGGAAGCAGUGCUGGACCAGAGGUCCCCAGGCUGCCCCCGGAGGAGUCACGCACAGAGCACCCGGUCACCCUUGCAGAGCAGAGCAACGAAGGAGCCCGUCCACAGCUGGAGGAACACAGGGAUGGGCAGAUUUCCUCAGAGCCUAGCAGCCAUCUGACUUCUGGAAAGCUGCCCCACUCACCCCCUUCUCAGUUCCACCAGCCCUCAGGAGAGGAUGCCCAGGAAGGCCCCAACCUGUACCUGGCCCUGCAGCAGGCGGUUGAAUCCUUGGAGAAGGCAGCAGCCUCAUGUCGCCAACAAGCCUCCAGCCUCCCUGCCUCAACCCCACCAGGUCCAGGAGAGCCUGGCAAGGCUGAUGAGGAGAAAUCAUGGCCGCUACAAAGGCUGGAGGAGCUGGUCAGGAGCUGGGGCCCCAUCGGCCAAGAGGAGGGGAUCCCUGAGCAGGAGAGGGUCGGCUACAAACAGGAGGCCCUGAGCCUGGCUGAGCAGAAUGCCAGCCUCCGGGGCUCUCUAAAAAGCAAGGAAGAGGAGUUGGCCCAGGAUCAGGCCUCCUUACAGGCCCUCCAGGACGAAAAGGAGAAGCUCCAGAGACAGGUCUGGGAGCUUCACGAAUCUCUCCUGAAGCUGGACUUAUCUCCUCAGCCCCCCCUUAGCCAGGAGAGCUCCAUGAGCAGAUCCAGCAGCCCGGGGCCAGAUGGGGAGCUCUGGAGGGCCCAGGUGGGUCCCAGCAUCAUGGCUGGCUAUGGUAUCAAAAGAUUCUGUGGUACUGAAAGCUCUACAGGACUCUUUCUUCACCACUGUCCUGGGAUGAAGCAGCUACAAAAUAUCGCCAGUCCUGGGACCCCUGCACCCCUCACACCAGAGCUGCAGGACCUGGACGCCCAAAUGGAGCAGCUCCGGAGGACUAUCCAGAGGCUCAAAUGCUUCAACCAGAUGAUGCUGGGGGCCCUGCAGUCCUGCAAGGGCCACUCGGAGGGGCUGAGCAUGCAGCUGGGACAGAGGGAGGCCGAGACUACUGCCCUGCGCCUAGCCCUGCAAUACAGUGAUCAGUGCGUGGAGGCCUAUGGGGUGCUGCUGGACCUGCGGACAGUGGACACGAGGCCCGGGCCAGGCCCACGGGCCAGAGAAGGCAGGACGGAGUCAGCCAUGGCAGAGGCGCAGCGGCUUUUGUCUGAGGAGGAUCCUGCAGAGGCUGGCCUCCUGGCUCGUGUCUAUGUAAGCCCUGAGGGCAGCAGUGUAGAUGCACCCACAGAACUGGAGGUAGCAGCACUCCUACAGGGUUAUAUUGGGAGGCUCCGGGCACACCAGGCCCUGGUGAAGGUGCCCCCCGAGCCAGCCCCCAGACCAGGCCCCGGGCCCAGUGUGCUUCGGGAGGAAGCCAUCUUCCAGGCGAUGCUGGGGACUCAGCCUAACCUGGAGCUGCCGCGGCUGGAAAAAACGGAGAUCCAGCAGGAGCUGGCCACCAUGAGGGAGGCUCUGGCAGACCUGACACUGAAGCUGCAGCUGGUGAAGAAGGAGAAGCGGGCACUGGAGCUAAGAGAUGCGGCCCACCGGGCACAGGGCACUCUCUACCUCCUGCUCCUGGAGCAGCUUCGGUGGCAGCUGGGCCAAGGCAGACCCCACGAUGCCCUCCGCUCGGAGAGCAGUGACAGUGACAGUGACAGCAGCUGUGGAGCGUGGGCUCCCGGAGAUGGGGACCAGACCACCUGGCUAGGGGGACCACGGGACUCAGAGGACAUGCUGCAGGAACUUACCAAUUCCCUGACUCGGGCCCAAGAGCUGCAAGGACAGCUGGGGAAGCUACAAGCUUCACUGGAACAGAUGGCUCAGGAUGAGCGGACCCAGAGAGCCCAGUGUUUGGAGCUUACCAAUGACUUCUGCAAGGCCCAUAGUGCCCUGGUGCUGGCCUUCCGGGGAGUCCAGCGGAAGCAGGAGCAGCAGCAGCAGACCCUGGAGCAGCAGAUAGCACAGAUGGCAGCCCAGCAGGAGGAAGAACUGGAAUCCCUGACCCAAGCCGCCCAGGCUCUGGAGGAUGCCGGAAUCCUCCUGCCCUGGGGAGAGACUUCUCUGUAGAGAUUCCAGCUACUUUUUCCCCCCACACCCCCAUCCUGAACCCCCUAUCUAAUCACCAGCUUACCUAGCUAUGCCCGCCCCACCCACUAUCCUAGCCAGGGCUCUCCCCACCCAAGCCUGACACCCCUUUGGGGAGAAGAGGUUGGGGGAUGUUGAGGGGAUGCCUCACAAGGUCCUAUAUUUGAGAACUAGAAGAGACCCGGGAGAACUUUUUCUUACAGGCCCGGCCUGUAUGGCUAGGGUUCAUCUAAACAUGGCACUCCCUGUGUCUGCUGCCGCUCCAGGCCAGGUCUGUGGAUCAUCUGCGGAGCCACAGGAUGGCAGAGCCAGCCAGGGCCUGCCCUAUCCAUCUCUGUCAAGGCCGCACCUGCCCACCUGGCCUCCUUUGGGACUCUUUCCUCUUUCCUCAAGCUCCUUCUCUGGAGUUGGGCCUAGGCCCCCCCCUGCCAGAAUCUGAUAUUGGACUAGCAUACACCAGUGUCCACCUGGAGAGGAAUGACCUUCUAUUCCCUGGUCACCUGGGGCUCUCCACUGUUUCAGAGAGGGUUUGCUCAGACUCUGUUCUGCCCCCUCUCUGUCCACCUGGCCUCCUUUUGGACUCUUUUCUCCUUCCUCAAGCUCCCCUUCUCUGGACGUGGGCCUAGAAUCCCUCUGCCAGAAUCUGGUAUUGGACUGAUAUAUACUAAAAUCUAACUAGAGAGAGCUGGCCUUCUAUUCUCUGGUCACCUGGAGCUCUCCACUGUUUUGGAGAGGGUUUGCGCAGACUCAGUUCUGCUCUCUCCCUGCCCACCAGCUGGUGUUCCGGCAAAUGAGGGCACCGCUCCGGCCCUAGGGGCAGAUGGGAGAGGAGGAGGGUCCAGAGCUCAUUGAGCAGACCCAGAAAGGACAGAGCAUCUUAAAGGGCCAAGGAAAACUUAGGAAGAGAAGGAAGACAGAACCCACUGUCUUUUGGAGCAAGAAAAAGUAUGGGGCCUUUUCAUUCCCUCCUUCUAACCACCAAAAGAAACCAUCCACCCAGCUCCCCUUGAGAACUUUCUCUACAAAAGGCUGGCUCCUGCUUCUUCAAUUGCAUUUAGGCCCAAUCUUCUCUUGCUAGCCAUCCUUCUAUUCUUUGACUCUUCUUUAGAGCUAUUGAUCCUGUUUUUCCCUUGAGGGCCCCCCAGACUCCCUCAUUUGCCUCCUAAACUCACAGGCUCUGCCUGGCUAAACUAUGGAUUAUCUUCCCAGAGUCCCUGAUGGGUGGGACAGCUCCAGUGAGGCUGUUAUUUAGUGUCUUUGAAUAAAUCAUCUCUCUCUAAUCAACCUCAGCUUGGACCAGUCCUCAGAGAAGACUAAGGGGUUCCAAAGCAAGAAGCUGCACUGGAUCUCGAGUCCCUGAUAGGUGGAACAGCUCAGUGAGGCUACUAUAUUUAGUAUCUCUGUACGGGAUCUCCAGGUCAUUUCAGGCAGGCAGUAGGCUUCUGUAGGAUUUCUGUCAUUUCUCCCACAAACAGGAGUGUCUGGGAUAUGCAGAAUACUGUGCCUAGGCACUGGGAGAGAGACAAAAUGUAGAUGAGGAAGUUUCUGUCGGAAAAAAAAAAAAAAAGAUAAACACAGAUAUAUUCUCUACAACCUUC